CCUUGCGACUAGCCAAAAAUGUAGCUGUAGCCAGAUUACAUCUAUUUCUAUUUUGACAGACGACAAAGGCUUGUCUUCUUCUUCUUCGGGCAAAUUGUCAUUUGGCUUCGCAAUUUGUUUUGUUUCGCGCGCGUCUAAUUCUUACAAGCUCUUUUUAUUAAGCAUUUUAAAGUUUUACCAAUGGAAAUUGAUGAAAUUUUAAUUGAGGAAGUGCGCCAGCGCCCAGUAAUAUACGAUUUGGGCCUGGAAGAUUAUAAAAAUCUGCGAAAGAAGGACUUCGUCUGGAGGGAGGUCGCUUCAAAUGUUCAUUUAGACGAGGCAAUGUGCAAAAAGCGGUGGAAGGGGCUGCAAGACUGCUAUAAACGCUGCAAAAGAAUGGAGCUGUCCACAUCAGGAAGCGGUGCUGAAACUCCUCGGCGUAAGUGGAGGUAUUUGGAGGCGAUGUCUUUCCUGGACAAUGUUACAAGCACCAGAACAACAAUUGGAAGCAUACCCGAGGAGCUUGUAGUUAUUGACGAAGAAAGCUCCACAGCGGCAGAAACACCGCCGUCUAGUUCACGGGUACGAAAGGAAGACGAGCGGGACAAAUUCGAGGCGUUGAUCGACCUGGCGGCUUCAAGCAUAACUCAAACUUGCUCCGAGUUCUGCGUGGAGAGGAAAGGAGCAGGAUAGAACCGAGCUACAUUUUGUGAGUUUGGCCAAAAUGUGAAAGAAGCCGGUUUGCCAACAAGUAUAGUGAACCGGAUUGAGGCCAAAG